ACACACACACACGCACGCGCGCUUACACUACCUGCCAGAAUGGUGUGUGUGUGUCCAAAUUGAAGUCAAAGGCAGGAUUUGUGUUUUUUUUUAAUAUAUAUGUAUAUGUAUAUAUAUGUAUAUAUCGAAAGGAUUUCUGUGUGUGUGUGUGUGUGUGUGUGAGUGUGUGUGUGUGAGUGUGUGUGUGUGAGUGUGUGUGUGUGCUCUGAUUGAAGACUAAAGGCGGAACAUCACACUCAGCGUGUGUACACCACGUAAAGACGACUUUCCAGCUCUCCAGCACCUCAGACUCUCAGUUUUGUUUUUGUUUUGUUUUUGUCCAUUUAUUGAAGCACAAAGACUCAAACCACUAAUGACUCUGGACCUCGCGCACAUCUGGAGUUUUAUUCACAGCUGGAUUUCAGCUUCACCUUGACGGAUUUCUCGCAGGUAGCUGGAGUCUUUCUGAAGUGUGAUCAUGCUGGAUAACGACAGGUAUGCAGGCAAGAAGAGGAAGAAGCCUGUCCAAAAACAGAAACCUUCUACUGAUGCCACCAAGUCCAAUCCAUCGAAGAGGCACAGGGAUCGCUUGAAUGGCGAACUGGACAGGCUCACCAACAUGCUGCCCUUCCCUGAGAAUGUGCGCACUCGCUUGGACAAACUCUCAGUCCUGCGUCUGAGCGUGGGCUACCUGAAAGUGAAGAGCUUCUUCAAUGCCACCAUGAAGAAAAACAGUUCGGAGUUUCACACAGGGAAUGGUUUAGACACCGGCAAAACGGAUGCCAUGGGCUUCUCAGAGGGGGACCUUCUCCUUCAGGCUCUCAAUGGUUUUGUACUGGUGGUCACUGCAGAGGGUUAUGUCUUCUACGCGUCACCAACCAUUCAGGACUACCUUGGGUUCCAUCAGUCUGAUGUGGUCCACCAGAGUGUGUUUGAGUUCAUCCACAUAGAUGACAGAGCCAUGUUCCGAAGACAACUGCAUUUUGCCCUCAACCCAAAGCUGUUAGAUGUGGAGGCUGAUGACACCCAGACCAGCAGUGACAUCACGAGGAAUAUUGUAACCUACGACCCACAGCACAUCCCACCCGAAAACUCAUCUUUCCUAGAGAGGAGCUUUGUGUGUCGCUUCCGAUGCCUCCUGGACAACUCGUCUGGGUUUCUGAAACUGAACUUUCAAGGAAGGUUGAAGUUCCUGCUUGGGCAGAAUCGGAAGGCUGAGGAUGGUUCUCUAGUCCAGCCUCAGCUUGCUCUUUUCGCCAUUGCCACUCCUGUUCAGCCGUCAGCUAUCCUGGAGAUCCGUACUAAGACACUAAUAUUUCAGACCAAGCAUAAGCUGGACUUUACUCCUAUGGGUAUUGACUCCAGGGGCAAAGUUGUGUUGGGUUACACAGAAAUGGAGCUGUGUAUGAGGGGGUCGGGAUAUCAGUUCAUUCAUGCAGCGGAUAUGAUGCACUGUGCCGACAAUCACGUCAGAAUGAUAAAGACUGGCGAGAGUGGAAUGACAGUUUUCCGACUUUUAACCAAGAAUGGAGGAUGGGUUUGGGUGCAGGCAAAUGCCAGGCUUGUGUACAAAGGAGGACGUCCUGACUUCAUCAUUGCUCGUCAACGUGCCCUAGUAAAUGCGGAAGGAGAAGAGCACUUGCGCCAGAGGAGAAUGCAGCUUCCCUUCAGCUUCACCACAGGAGAAGCAGUGCUCUAUGAUACCUGUCCGAUACUUGACAUGACGAAUCCCAAAGACACAAAUGGAGUAAACGAGAAGACCUUGGUUCCUAGCUCAAUCCUUGAUUCUAUGCAAAAACAGGACAAGUCGAUCUAUCAUCAGGACACCAAGCCUCAAUUUACAGCAGAUGAUGCCUUCACGGAUAGCUGGGCUCUCUUCAAUGUGCCCAAUCAUGCCGUGCAAGAUGAAACUGUGAUUGAGGAGGACGCUGUUGUGUCCAUGAUUGACGCCUUGGAACAGUUGGCUCAUGAUGGAGAUCUGGGCACGGCACUUCAGCAAAUGGAAGUGGACACGGCCGAUCUGAAAGAGUGGGAAAAUGCCCUUUUGAGGAUGACCAAAGACAGUAAUGGUAAUGACAGACCUCUUAGUCUUGAUGAAAUUCUCACCAAUGACAUAUUCUCCUAUGUGGAGGAUGCCUUAUACAAGGAGAACAAUACGUGUUCUCUUUCGCAACCAAACGCCAUCAAAACCGAUCCAUUUGGAGGACAUUCUGCAACUACAGUGCAUUCAAGUUGUGACUUCACACAUCACACCUUCGAAAGCACAGGAGCAGACAAAAAUGAUUUAAAGGCUGAGACAAAACUGAACUCUAUCACUGUGACUGGGCAACAAAUGGACAGAAUUGUUAGUACAGACGCUACCAUGGGAAACAAUGUUCCCUGGUAUGGAGAUGUAUCUUCCCAGAAUCACCUGAAUAACUCAUCCCACUCAGAGCAGACUGGCCUGUUCACAUGCGGUAGCAAGGUUUCACAGCAGAUCACCCAGACUGAGAUGCAUCUGGGUUUAAAAGUGACACAAAGCAUGUUCAGCAUUGCCCCUUGCAAUGGCUGGGGACCACCGAAACCCACUGAGAAUGGCAGAACGUCCAAGGUGGAAAGUACAGAAUCCUACUGCCAGUUUGCGUCCUACCCUGCUAAUCACACUAAAAAUCCACAAACGAAUCAUUCACAAAAUCAUAUUCACAAGCUAAGCCAAACAACUACAAAUUCUUGGAACAAUAUGAGUACAGGGGACCAUAAUCCAUCCUUGUGCCCAUCCAAAAACUGUGUCUCCUCUAUCAUAAACUGCCCAAAUCUCUCCAAAUUCCCCCAGCAAAGCCAGAUCCAAGCUUGGCAAAAUGCAUCACCAGAGCAGCCCUGUGCCAGCCUGGUCAAGAACAGACUUGCAUCCGAGGGCUGUUAUCAGCCUUUGGAGACCUCUGGAUUCCCUCCAGCUGAUCUUCUGCCAGAGAGCUCUCAGAGCUGCAACGAUAAACACAUCAACUUCGUCAAUAAUGUGUACCAGUCGCCACAGAAUGGACUGGAAGCUAAUGAGUGUUCACCGCUCAGCAGCUGCAUGUUCAAGAACCACUCUCCGCUCAAUACAAACGCGGAUCAGCAGCAUCCACAAGCACAUGCUGUGGCCAUCUCAUCAUGUGGCAAGAGUACAUUACCCAUCAGUCAGAGUCCACCACAAGCAUCCUGUUACUUUCAGUGGACGUGCAGUGAGCCACUGGUGGGCACGUCCUCGAUCCCACAAGAGGAUACUUGCAUCAGUCCUCCGUCGUGCCAGAUAGGUCCUGGCAUUGCUACUCUCGACAGUCACAGUGUCUUCCAGAGAUACCUUGGCUGCAAUGGACACAUAUAGGCCAAUGACCAUCACGUUGAAGAUAUCACUAUUUCCUGUCCUCGCCUUGUCAGUGGACUUUCUGAGAACAGCAAGGGUCUCGACUAAAACUUCCCGAGCUCCUUUGUGUAGACAUUGAAAUAGACGCCACAAUGAACUGUAUUUGUGUUCGCUAUGUUCUGUCUAAAGAACUGCACCAUUGUUAUUCGAGUACAACAUGGAAGUAAAGGUGAUUGAUAUUGUUUAGUAUUAAGGAUAGUCCAUAUUAGAAAUAAGUUCGGUCCAAAUUGGAGCCAUUGUAAUGAAAUUAAUCGUCAAGUUGUAUUUUGAAAUGUAGUGGACUGAUGUUUGAUGGCUUGUGACUUGACAGUUUGUUGUUGUUCUUGUCUAGCUCGCUUUCUUGAUUGCUUUUAAAGGAUAUUCCUUUUGCACAGCGUGUUCUUUCAGUGCCACUUCCACAGGGUAUCUUAUGAUAUUCACUCUAUGUGUAAUGUCAGAGUAAAGUCCACAGAGGAAAAAAACCUCCAUAGUAUUCCACUGAUUCUACUGCAUGCCUUUUAUAACAUACUACAGAAUUAUCUACACUUCAUAUCCACCAGUUUUUUCAAGAACAUCAAUAAUAUAAUAGCAAUAUUUUCAACGCACAGAUGAUUUUAUCAGUAAGAUGCAGUGACAUUUUCAAAAGCGCUUCGCACUUCUUUGCUGUAUGUAUAUUCUAUAUAAUGUAUAUUAACCUUACAACUCGGCAUAUAUAUCGUUCAUAUAUCGUAUUUUUUUCCAUUUUAUCUUUGUGAUAUUCCUUUUGACAAAUGUUUAUACAAGCAAAUGAAAUAGAUUUUCCAAGAACAAUUAUGGAAAUCAUUUUAUAUACAGUAUAUAUAAAGAAAAGUUUCACUUGAA